AUGAGCUCCGACAGUAUAGAUAUAGUUCCAGAAGUUCCAACUAGCACUGUUGAAAAGUCUCUUCCCCAAAUAAAAUCGACAGACAAUUUAACUCAUACUGAACACGAUAUUUCAGAGCCUAUUUCAACACAUCCCUCGAGCCUCCUGAAAGAAGAGAAAGUAGCUCGAAUUCUACUCCUUAAGGACCAGAUAUCCACAUUAGUAACAUCCAUUAGAAACACCAAGAUUGUUUCCGAAAAGUAUGAAAAUGACAUCCAGUAUUUGCAGGAGUACAUUGGAAGUUUGAUGAAGAAUGAAGAUACGAAGUGA